GCACAGCUUCUACCGGUCGGCUCCCGAGAAGUGCUGCAUGUGGCCCACCGCUGUGAAGGCGAAGAGAAGCUGCAAGCUCUAGUGAGAGACUUCUGGUCUACCGAGGCUUUUGGAACAAGGUACAAUAUGAAGCAGCCUCGCUCUCAUGAAGAUCGACUGGCGGAAGAGAUGAUGGAGUCCACCACCAAGUGGAGAGGUGACAGGUAUGAAACCGGCCUUCUGUGGAAACCUGAUUGCGCCCCCCUGCCCAAUGACCGUAGCAUGGCCCUGCGCCGCCUCGAAACUACGGAGAAGGCGCUCCGACGAGCACCAGAAAAGGCUGCAGCUUACCGCGACACUAUGAGAGAGUAUCUGGAUAAAGGCUACGCCCGUCUGCUGACCGAAGAGGAACUACAGAAGCAUCAUCAGAGGUGCUGGUAUUUGCCGCACCACGCGGUAACCAGCGCGAGCAAACCUGGUCCUAUGCUCGUCAAGACGGGAGGACGGCAUGAGAAGAGGUACGGACUGUUGGUGACGUGCCUCGCCACCCGGGCAGUGCACCUCGAGCUGUGCCACUCGCUCAGCACCGACAGCUUCCUCAUGGCGUUCCGCAGAUUCGUCUCAAGGCGAGGCAGACCGAAAGAGGUGUUCUCUGAUAACGGGACGAAUCUGCGAGCAGGAGAGAGGGAGAUGCGUCGGCAGAUCCAAGCAUGGAACGUCCACGCCAUCAGUGACCGCCUCGCACAAGAUGGCAUUAAGUGGCAUUUUAACCCGCCAGGUGCGUGUCACAUGGGAGGCGCCUGGGAGCGGCUAAUAUCCUCCGUUAAGCGUGCUCUGAGAGCAGUGCUGAGCCAGCUGACUGUCACGGACGAAGCGCUACAGACCGUGCUGACAGAAGUUGAGGCGGUGGUCAACGGUCGACCUCUGACCCAUGUGUCCACAGAAGUGGAUGAUUUGGAGGCGAUUACGCCGAACCAUCUUCUGCUCGGCCGACGGGUAACUUGUCUGCCACCUGGCGUCUUCGACAACGGCGAGUCUGCGAGCAGGAGGAUCUGGCGACAAACACAAGCUCUGACAGACCAGUUCUGGACCAGAUGGCUGAAGGAAUAUGUCCCCAGCCUGACCUGUCGCCGCAAGUGGACAAGAGACAUGCGGAACUUGGCGCCCGGCGACCUGGUUUUGAUCGCAGAAGAUAACGUGCCGCGGGGUCAGUGGCCCCUCGGCAGAGUGAUCGAAGUGAUGCCCGGCCCGGACGGCCGGGUGAGGUCAGCUCGUCUGCGCGCUCGUGGUGGUACAGUGCACCGACCGGCCACCAAGAUAUGCCUUCUCGAGGAGGCGAGAUAACUGCUGACGGUGUCCAGUGAUACCGGCGUCUCACGCGCGCGUGCGCGUGGAGGGGGGAGGAUGUUCUGUCCGAACAAAGUCCAUAUUAGAACGAUGGCGCGAGACAAAAAGCGCAUGAAAAAUGAAAUGUGUUACACUGAUGAAGAAUGUGAAGAAAUGAUAACGGGGAAAAAAGGAAUUUGAAAUUUGGCUCAAAACUUGGUUCAUUGUGGUAUUGUUAUUGCUUUGGCUCGACGAAUGAAUGAAAUGUUUGCUUGCGUUUCCGUUUUUUCUUGAUUGGAAAGAUCCGGCACUUUUGUUUAAUGUUGCA